UUCAGCAGCUUCCCCUUGCUACAGCGUCAGCUCCUGCAACAUGCCUAAAGACAAAUCAGAAAAGCGAGAGAAAAAGGAGAAGAAGCCAAAAGUUGAUGAUGCAGAGGCAGAGGCAGAAGAUGUAGAAAUGGCUGACGUUUCGGAGUCCCCAAAAAAACCGAAGAAGGAGAAAGAAAUCAUCAUUCCAUUGGAAGAUUUGUCUCCUCUUGCGCAACCAUUAGCGCAGAAAAAGCUUGUGAAAAAGCUGCACAAAACGAUCAAGAAGGCCUCCAAAGCGCGGCAAGUUAAAAGAGGUGUAAAGGAAGUUGUCAAGGGUAUUCGGAAAGGAGAAAAAGGAUUGCUGGUAUUGGCGGCAGAUAUUAACCCCAUAGACAUCAUAUCUCACCUCCCCGUGCUCUCAGAAGAAGCUCAGAUACCAUAUGUCUUUGUAACGUCAAAGGAGGAGCUUGGCCAUGCUAGUUCAACAAAACGACCAACAAGUUGCGUUAUGAUCUGCCCUGACCAGAAACGCAAGGUCCAAAAGAAGGAUGCUGAGGCAGAGAAGGAUGAUGACUACAGGGAGUUGUAUGAAGAAUGUCGAAAAGAGGUUGCAAAGCUGGACCACAAGGUUGUAUUCUAACUUUGCCCUCCCUGUGCUGGCAAUCGUGUAUUUUAUACCUCAUUAAUUAUCUUGGAUUCAUGAGCUGCAUGAGAAGAGAACUGUGCUAACGUGUACCCGGAGACCGGAGUUCGAGGCGGCAAUUUGAUACAUACAUAAAAUAAAUACGC